GUAUAUUUCCGCCAAUCCAAAUUUCUCAUUUUGAAAGAAAGAAAAUUGCAUUUUGUCACGUAAUUUUAAUUUUCAGAAAUUUGAAUUUUGAACGUCACGACCGUAAAUCCUAUUUUAUCGCAUGAUUGUGAAAUUUAAAUUUUUGGAUUUGGGAAUUGGGAUUUCGAUCACAAUUUGACAUUUUGGUAAUAUCAAAGCCUGGAUUUUGAGAAUAUAAAAUCGAUGCUAUUCAAAGAUUUAAAGAUAGAGACUAGAUCUACCGUUCUUAGUUUGGUAAAAAAAAUAAUUAUUAGGAUUUAGGAUUUGAACAUUUUAAUCCUAAUUUCUAUUUAUCCAAGUCCAAGAUCUAAAUUAGUAAAGAAAAACUCCGAAACAAACAAGCAGUGAAAGGCCCCAUAAAUAUUAGACUGGCGACUAGACUGAUACUAGACUAGACUGUCUAUGGAGUAGGCGUGUUUGCAACCAGUAGACCACGCCCAUGACCACACCCCAACUGUGGCUGACCGUACUGCGCUGCUCGAGUGGAUUGCAGCGAUUGCACGCUAUCAUCAUGGCAAAGCUUCAGCAUUUCGUUGAUUUUAUCAGGGAGAAGGUGGAAAAAGAGAACUGGACACACAACCAACUAAGUGAACACUUUCACUCCUUGUAUCCUUCAGAGUCUGGUUUUAGUGUAAGAUCUAUUCAGAGGCUGUGUAGCAAGGAAGGGAUUAAAAGGACUUCCAGGAUCAGUGAUGUUGACCUUGAUGUUGCCGUAUCUGAGGCAAUUAAUAAAGUUGGCCCAACAUAUGGCCGGAAAACCAUGACAGGCCACCUAGCUUCAGAAGGUCUUAAAGUGAGUGAAACGAGGGUUGGCAAAUCACUAUCCCGUCAGAACCCCAGCUAUCACCAGGCACGUAGAACAGCUACUGCAAGGCAGAUGAAUCCUGUCCCAUAUCGAGCUGACUAUUUUGGGCACAAGCUCCAUGUGGACCAAAAUGAAAAACUAAUUAUGUAUGGCGUCACUCAUGUGUGUGCAAUAGAUGGCUUCAGUGGAAAAAUUGUUUCUUUUCUCAGCAUGCCCAUUAAAAACAACAUUGAAAUUUAUGCUAACCUUUAUAGGCCAAUAAUAUUAGACUAUGGACUUUGGGAUCAGGUUAGAGUGGACCAUGGGAAGGAGUGGGUACUUAUGCUAUUUGUACAGGAACAACUAGCUCAUUUACGCCGGAAUCCAUUGCGUUCUCCUCAUAUACAAACCACUUCAAAACAGAAUCAUUGCAUUGAAAGGAUUUGGGUCGAAAUUAAUGGACGAGUCAAUUAUCCUAUUAAGACAGCUUUGAUUCAGCUAGAGGAAAACGGAGACAUUGAUAUGAUCUGCAUGCAUGUAAAGUUUUGCGUCUCUUGGUUUACUAUUAGAGUUGCACAUGUUGGCACUAUCUUGCCAUGAAUGCAUGGAAU